UACCGGCCUAUAUAUAAGAACAUAACCUUCAAUACAAUGAAGCGAAAACAAUUUUGGCAAUUUUUACCAUUUAUGAUACUUGUUAUAGGAGGUUCAUUUUUUAUUCAGGAAUUUGUAAGCCUAAAAUAUAAGUAUCCAAAAGUUACAUCGUACGAUUUGAAAAUAGAAACUAAAAAACGAGGUAUUGAAAUGAAAAAAAGUCGUACUCUUGAAGAGGAAUAUAAGCUAAUAAAAACCUUGGAUAUUGAUAAUUGGGAAAACGUUCGUAUACCACGACCAUGGGAGGAUCCAAGCAUGACAAACGAAUAAAAUUGUAAAAAGAAUUUACUUAAAAAGAAAAUAUAUGUACAUUGUAUGUAUAUAAAAAUAUAUUUAUAACAAAUUGUUAUCUAAUAUUAUAUUAUAGUUACGAUAAAUUCUGUAUUAAA